GACCUGUGAGAACAGGUCCUGUGGUGAUAAAUCCCUUCUGGGCGGAAUUGGCGAUCAGCUGGAUUUUCUGUUUACUCUAGAGAAUACAUGUUUUUGGAAUCCUGGGCAGGACCCGCACCUAGGGCACUUUGCUGCAGAAGAUGUGGCCUCUAGAGUCAAGAGUUUGAAUGACAAUAUGGAGUCUCUCCAGGCUCGGGCUGCCAGACGGCAGAAUGAUCUUGAAGCCAAUGUCCAGUUCCAGCAGUAUCUGGCUGACCUGCAUGAAGCAGAAGCAUGGAUUCAAGAGAAGGAACCUAUUGUAGACAGCACUAACUAUGGGGCUGAUGAAGAAGCAGCUGGGGCUCUUCUGAAGAAGCAUGAGGCCUUCCUGGUGGACCUGAGUGCGUUUGGGAACAGCAUGCAAGCCCUGCGGGACCAGGCAGCGGCUUGCCAGCAACAACAGGCUGUGCCAGUGGAGGGAGCUGCUCGAGAACAGAGGGUUGUGGCUUUAUAUGACUUCCAGGCCCGCAGCAAUCGAGAAGUCACCAUGAAGAAAGAUGAUGUCUUAACUCUGCUCAGUUCCAUCAACAAGGACUGGUGGAAGGUGGAAUCUGGCGACCACCAAGGUUUUGUGCCUGCUGUCUAUGUCAGGAAACUGGCUCAGGAUGAGCUUCCUACUCCCACGCAGCGGCAGCAAGGAGAACCAAGCAACAUUGCCCAGCGCCAGGAACAGAUUGAGAACCAGUACCACUCCCUCCUUGAUAGGGCAGAAGAGCGGAGGCGUCGUCUACUGCAACGCUACAAUGAGUUUUUGCUGGCCUAUGAGGCUGGCGACAUGCUAGAGUGGAUCCAAGAGAAGAAGGCAGAGAAUACCGGGGUGGAACUAGAUGAUGUCUGGGAGCUGCAGAAAAAGUUUGAUGAGUUCCAAACGGAUUUGAAGGCCAAUGAGCCUCGGCUGAGGGAUAUCAACAAGGUGGCAGAUGAUCUUCUAUUUGAAAAGCUUCUAACACCAGAAGGAGCUCAAAUACGGCAGGAGUUGAAUACUCGCUGGGACUCCUUGCAGAGUCUUGCGGAGGAGCAGCGCCAGCUCCUUGGCAGCGCCCAUGCUGUCCAGGUGUUUCAAAGAGAAGCAGAUGAGAUGAAGGAGCAGAUUGAGAAGAAGCACCAGGCCCUCUGUGCUGCCGAUCCCGGCUCAGACCUGUUCAGCGUUCAGGCCCUUCAGCGGCAGCAUGAGAUCUUUGAGAGAGACCUCGUGCCUCUGGGAGAAAAGGUGACCAUGCUGGGGGAGACAGCAGAGCGGCUCAGUGAGUCCCACCCAGAUGCCGCUGAUGACCUGAGGAGGCAGGGGACGGAGCUGAAGGAGGCAUGGGACAACCUGCUGAAGUCUUCGGAGGAUCGCAAGGAGAACUUAAAUGAGGCCCAGAAAUUCUACACGUUCCUUAUGCAAGCCAGGGACCUAGAGAACUGGAUCAGUAGCAUGGGAGGCAUGGUGUCAUCAGAGGAGCUGGCUGAGGAUUUAAUUGGCACGGAGAUCCUGCUGGAGCGACACCAGGAGCAUCGUGCUGACCUGGAGGCUGAAGCUCCCACCUUCCAGGCCUUGGAAGACUUUGGUGCAGAACUUAUAAGCAGUGGGCACCGUUCCAGUCCUGAAAUUGAAGAAAAGCUUGAAGUGGUCAGGCUAAAGAAAGAUGACUUGGAGAAAGCAUGGAAACAACGCAAGAGGAUGCUGGAUCAGUGUCUGGAGUUGCAGUUGUUCCACGGGAAUUGUGAUCAGGCUGAGAGCUGGAUGCUGGCGCGUGAGAAUUUCCUGAGGUCAGAGAGCCACAGUUCCUUAGACACUCUGGUGGCCUUGAUGAAGAAACGGGAUGAUUUGGACAAAGCAAUCACUGCCCAGAAAACUGAGUUAGACAGGGCAGUUGACACGGUGGCUUACUCUUACUCAAGUCACUCACGGCAUUGGACCGACUUACUGCAAGCCCAGCCUUUUACAACCUACCUUUUAGAAUUGGAAGUGACUUUAUAUACUGCUUAUGCCAACAUCCCACCCAAUGCAGGAGUCACCCUCUGCCAUGGCCAUGGGAGGAGUCUGUUCUUUAGGGAGAUCAGUACCACAGGAGUCCAUACCACAGGAGCUCAGUACCACUGGAGUCAGUACCACAGGAGCUCAAGCUUGCUAAAGAAGCAUGAAACAUUGGAAAAUGACUUUGCUGUCCAUGAGACCCGAGUGCAAGAUAUAUGUGCUCAAGGAGAAGACAUCUUGAAUAAGGAGAAAAUUCAGCACAAGAAGAUUUCUGCCAAGAUAGAGUCUCUGAAAGAAAAGAUCCCUUCUCUUUCCAGCACGAUAAAUGCUUGGAAGUCACAACUGGAAGAGGAUUAUGCCUUUCAGCAGUUUAACUGGAAGGCUGAUGUGGUGGAGGCCUGGAUAGCUGAAAAAGAAGAAAGUCUGAAGACCAAUGGCAAUUGUACAGACCUCGCUGCCUCCCUCACUCUCCUGGCAAAGCAGGACACUCUGGAUGCCAGUCUGCAGAGCUUCCAGAAAGACAGACUGUCAGAGAUAACUGACCUAAAGGACCAACUGGUGGCUGCUCAGCACAGACAGACCAAAGCCAUUGAGGAGCGCCAUGAUGCUCUGCUGAGGCUCUGGGAACAGCUGCUGGAAGCUUCUGCAGCCCACAGAGAGAAGUUGCUAGAGAAGCAGCUGCCCCUACAGCAGGCUGAAGAGCUGUUCAUGGAAUUUGCACACAAGGCUUCCGCUUUCAACCACUGGUGUGAGAACACCGAGGAGGACCUGUCGGAACCUGUGCACUGUGUCUCCCUGAACGAGAUCCGGCAGCUGCAGAAGGACCACGAGGCCUUCUUGGCCUCCUUGGCCGGGGCCCAAUCUGACUUCAACGAUCUCCUAGAGCUAGACCAGCAGAUUAAGGCCUUAAACGUGCCCUCCAGCCCUUACACCUGGUUAACGAUGGAGGUGCUAGAGAAGUUCUGGAAGCACCUGUCUGAUGUCAUCAAGGAACGGGAGCAGGAGCAACAAAGGGAAGAGGCGAGACAGGUCAAGAACUUUGAGAUGCGCCAGGAGUUUGAGCAGAAUGCCAGUGCCUUCCUUCAGUGGAUCUUGGAGACCAGGGCUUAUUUUCUGGACGGGUCUUUGCUCAAAGAAACAGGAACUCUGGAAUCCCAGCUGGAAGCAAAUAAACGGAAGCAGAAGGAGAUCCAGGCCAUGAAGCGCCAGCUGACCAAGAUCGAGGAUCUGGGAGACAGCUUGGAAGAGGCUCUGGUCCUGGACAUCAAGUAUAGCACCAUCGGGCUGGCCCAGCAGUGGGACCAACUUCACCAGCUGGGCAUGCGGAUGCAGCACAACCUGGAACAACAGAUCCAAGCCAAAGACACCAUAGGUGUGAGUGAAGAGACACUAAAGGAGUUUAGCACAACCUAUAAACAUUUUGAUGAGAAUCUGACAGGGCGCUUGAGCCACAAAGAUUUCCGGUCCUGCUUGAGAGGGCUCAAUUAUUACUUGCCCAUGGUGGAGGAGGAUGAACGUGAGCCCAAGUUUGAGAAGUUCCUGGAUGUCGUUGAUCCGGGGAGGAAGGGCUAUAUCUCCCUGGAGGACUACACCUCAUUCCUGAUCGACAAGGAGUCAGAGAACAUCAAGUCCAGUGAUGAAAUCGAGAAUGCUUUCCAAGCCCUGGCAGAGGGCAAGGCCUAUAUUACCAAAGAGGACAUGAAGCAGGCCCUAACCCCAGAACAGGUGCAGUUCUGUGCCUCGCACAUGCAGCAGUAUGUGGACCCACGCGGCCGAAGUCACCUCGCUGGCUAUGACUAUGUGGGUUUCACCAACUCCUUCUUUGGCAACUGAUAAGCAGCUCU